UCUUCUUCCUUGAGAGCUCCGGAUUAUAGCGGGGAAGGAAGGGUAGAUAUGGAGCAUGCCCGCGCAGAAGAGACGGACGCAGGGCGCAAGCCAGCAGAGGAGGGAAACGGAUAGGGACGGGUCUUAGCUGGAUCUUCAUAGGUACUUCCGGGUCGAACUGGCGUACUCCAACUGAAAAAAACCAGGCCACCAUUUCAGGUGAAGCCAAUCGAUGAUCGAAAGGCUCCAUUGUUGAGAAUCAUGAGCCUGUUUAAGAGAUCGCCGAUUUCAGUGCUUGGGGAUCGACCCGAUUUCCGCCUCAGCAUCUCACGAGUCUUUCUUAAGGAAAUCUGGAAGACGUAGUUUUAUUGAGCCUCAGUUUCCUUAUCUAAAAAAUGGAGAUCCUAAUGCAUACACGACCUACAACACUUUGUAAAGUCUAAAGACCUACAGAAAUGCGAACGUUUGUUAUCACCUUAGUAACAACACUUUGUAUCCAAACUGUUGAUGAUGAAGAAGACAAGAAGGAAAAUCCAGUUUACCCGAAGCGGGCAAGCUUCUAGUAUUGCUUGUCUCAGCCUGGGAUGGCCUAGUAGUCCCGAGAAGCCUGGAAUCAGAUUAUCAGUGCUGGGAGAAGUCGUAGGGGUCAUUUGGUUCAACCCCUCUAUUUUACAGUGACCAUCAUGCCAGUGACCAAUCAAGCCUGGCCUGAGGAGUUUGGCUUUAGGAUUGGUGGGAAUGGUCCAUGCUACAUCCUCCAGGUAGAAGAAGGAAGCAGUGCCUACUUGGCUGGACUGCGGCCCGGAGACCAGAUCCUGGAGAUUGAAGGCCAACCAGUAACCUCCCUGAAUUGCCAGAGCCUGGUGACCUUAGCUCGGCAGUGUGAGAACGCACCUCCCAGCAUUGGGGUAGUGUCUCGGGUCCAGCAGGUCGAGCUUCCCCCUGGCCCUGAUGGUAGUUUUGGUUUUACUCUGCUGAGAGGCAUCCCCCUGCGAGUGGGGAACGUUAACACUGGCUCCCCUGCGGAAGAGGCUGGCCUUAAGGCUGAAGAUUACAUUCUGGAGAUUAAUGGCAUCCCUGUGAUACAGUAUGAAAUGGCUACUCUCCUAAUUGAGUCCUGCCAGGGAAAGGCACUAGGCUUGGGGCUGCUAAAACUGGGGGAACAUAACCCAAGCAGCAGCAGCAGCAGCAGUAGCAGAAGCAGCAGCAGUAGCAGCAGUGGCAGCAGCAUCCCAGACUCUGUGCAGAGCCCUGAAGCUGUGCACCUGGAAAGGAGGCACAAGGCCAAGGCGUUCAACAGAAAGGUAGAUGAAAUCCUUGGGGAUCAGCCUGAGUUGAAGGAAAAAGUGUUUGCAGUUUUGAAGCAGUACGCUUCAGAGCGGAAGGUGGACUAUUUAGCUUAUGCUCUGGCUAUGAUUCUCACCAAUGAGGACCAUCAGAUGCUCAUCGACAACAUCAGGAUCUUCAUCCCCAAGAAGCACCGGCAGCGUUUUGACGAGGUCGUGUCUCAGAGUCUCAUCAGCAAGCUCUGCCGCACCAAGAGGGAGCAGCAAACACACCGGCUCCGGCGCAGCCGCAGCGAGGACCACCCUGAGCGCCUGAUGGUGUCUACACGGGCCAGCUCAGUGCCACGAGGCCCAGAAGAUGCGGGCAAGGGACUGAGGAAAACCACCUCUCUCGUUGCCAGCAGAGUAAGCUCGGGUGCUGCCCGCAGGACAGUUCGAGUGUACAAAGGCAACAAAAGUUUUGGCUUCACACUUCGAGGUCAUGCCCCAGUAUGGAUAGAGUCUGUCCUGCCUGGGAGUCCAGCUGAAAACGCUUCCCUCAAGCCUGGGGACCGCAUCUUAUUCCUUAAUGGAUUGGAUAUGAGGAACUGCUCUCAUGACAAGGUGGUGUCCAUGUUGCAGGGCAGUGGGGCAAUGCCAACUCUUGUGGUCGAAGAAGGAUUGGUCCCAUUCCCCAGUGACUCAGAUUCUCUGGAUUCUCCCAACCCUUCCUCAGCACUGACUUCCCUGCAGUGGGUGGCAGAGAUCUUGCCUGGAAGCAUUCGAAUCCAGGGCAAAACCUUCAGCCAGCAGUUGGAGCACUUGCUGACCCCUUCAGAACGCUAUACCAUCUGCAGAGCCCUGGAAUGCUUCUUCCAACACAGGAACAUUGAUACCCUCAUUGUGGACAUCUACCCUGUGCUGGACACUCCAGCCAAACACGUCCUGUGGCAGUUCAUCUACCAGUUGCUGACCUAUGAGGAGCAGGAACAUUGCCAGCAGAAGAUCGCUCGGUUUCUGGGCUACAAGUCUAUGACAGCUGCAUCAGAGAGCGAGACAGAAGAGAGACCUCAGAGUUCCCUGCGGGUGGCCUCCGUAUGCCGGGGGAGUAUGAGAAAUCAGGGUUCAGAGGGAGCCAGCAGUGGAGCAGGUCCUAGUGAAAGUGUGGAAAUCCCUAUCCCUGUGACCCCUGGAGAGCGCCAGGCUGGGGAUGGCACAUCCCUUCCAGAAACCCCAAAUCCUAAAAUGAUGUCUGCUGUUUAUGCAGAGCUGGAAACCCGGUUGAGCAGUAGCUUCAAAGGAAAAAUGGGGAGUAUAUCCAAACCAAGAGCUUCUCCCCCACUGGUUGAUGCACCAAAUACCCCAGGGGCCCGGAAGCCUGGGCCAAUCAUCUCGUGGCCGAAUGACCCUCUUCCACCCCAGCCCUGCUAUUAUCACCCAUGCCCUGGGAGCCUCCCAUCCCCAAGCAGCACAGAAUCCCAUCCCUACGUCAGCCUAGACAGCAGCCCAGCUCCCUCGCCCCAGCUCACAGCCAUGGCCAGCAGCCCCAGCCCCCCCACCUGCAGGAAAAAACUCUUCACUUUCUCGAGACCGCCACGGAGUCGUGACACAGACCGCUUCCUGGACGCUCUUAGUGCACAGCUGGGUGCCCGGGUUACGAUGGUUGAUGACUUUCUCACCCCUGAGAAUGACUAUGAAGAGAUGAGUUUCCUUGACGACCAGGGCAGCUACGUGACCAAUGACCUGAGUAGUGUCAGCGAGUAUGUCAGUAGCAGUGAGGAGGGCAGCUCACUGACCUAUUCUUCCAUCUCUGACCACAUCCCCCCGCCACCUCUCAGCCCACCUCCUCCACCCCCACUCCAAUUCCAUGACCCCAAACCAGGUCCACGGAACCUUGAUGGCCCUCUUAACACCACGACACUGGCCAAGCCACUUGGGGCCCACUCCCACCAAGUCCCUCCUCCUCCUCCACCACCUCUUCCCCCACCAGUCCCUUGUGCUCCCCCACUGCUCCACCGAGGCCUUGGACAUCGCCGCAGCGAAUCGAACCACAUGAGUGUCAAACGUCUUCGGUGGGAGCAGGUGGAGAACUCAGAAGGCACUAUAUGGGGCCAGCUUGGGGAAGAUUCGGACUAUGACAAAUUGAAUGACAUGGUGAAAUAUUUAGACUUGGAGCUCCACUUUGGGACACAGAAGCCAACAAUUUCUCUUCCAGAGCCAACACUUGCACCUGAGCCCUUUAAAAAGAAAGAUGUGGUCGAGAUUUUGUCUCAUAAGAAGGCCUAUAAUACAUCUAUACUCAUUGCUCACCUGAAGCUAUCUCCGCCUGAGCUCCGUCAGAUCCUCAUGAACAUGGAAAGCGAGAGGCUGGAGCCCUCCCACCUCAAGCAGCUCCUCUUGUACGCUCCCGAUGCCGAGGAAGAGAAGCGCUAUCAGGGCUACAGGGACACCCCCAGCCAGCUGAGCGAGCCUGACCAGUUUGUCCUGCAGAUGCUGUCCGUUCCAGAAUAUAAAACCCGGCUGCGCAGCCUUCACUUCAAGACUACCCUGCAGGAGAAAACUGAGGAGAUCAAAGGCAGCUAUGAGUGUGUGCACCAGGCCUCCCUGGAGCUCAAGAACAGCAAGAAGCUUGCCAAGAUCCUAGAGUUCGUACUUGCAAUGGGCAACUAUCUCAACAAUGGACAGCCGAAGACCAACAAAACCACAGGCUUCAAGAUCAACUUCUUAACUGAGCUGAACUCAACUAAAACUGUAGAUGGGAAAUCCACCUUCCUGCACAUUCUUGCCAAAUCACUGAGCCAACAUUUCCCUGAACUCCUGGGAUUUGCCAAGGACCUUCCCACUGUGCCCUUAGCUGCCAAAGUGAACCAGAGGAUGUUAACUACGGACCUUACUGACCUACACAUCACCAUCAGUGAAAUCCAGACGGCUUGCCAGAAAAUGCCUGCCACCAGUGAUGACAAGUUUGCUGUGGUCAUGACUUCCUUCCUGGAGAUGGCCCAGCCUGCUGUGCGGGCUCUGGAUACCCUUCAGCACAAGGCGAUGGAGGAGUUUAGCAGGGUGCUGUCAUUUUUUGGCGAAGACUCCAAAGUCACCACUUCUGAAGCCUUUUUUGGCAUCUUUGCAGAAUUUAUGAGCAAGUUCGAGCGGGCAUUCAGUGAUGUGCAGGUCUGUGAGAGCCAGCGUAGCUCAGGAAUGCCCUCCCCCCUGGCUUGGUAGUCGCCAGAGUUCCUGACCAGGGUACCUGUUUGCCAACAGAAUACAACCAAGGUUUCCUCCACAGAAUGGUCGCCCUGCUGCUGUUGCAUAUCUACCCAGCUCAGAAAACAGGCCUCAAACAUGGAGUAGUUAUUGUUGUCUUUGAGGAAGGUAAUAGGAGUAUGGGUGGCCCCCGCACCCUGAAAUGGAUUGCAGCAGAUUCAAGACUCCACUUCUGAGAAGCACCUGUGUUUGACUGUAGACAUCCUAUGCCUUCAUGUCUUAGACUGCAGGCCUUUCUUUAAGCAGGUCUCUAUCCCUUCUGCUCCCCACCUUAUUCACAGGCUUCGUGCUGUUCCAUUUCAAAGUGCUACAUGUUGGAGAGUGAUUGGUUUGAUCUGUCUGUCUCAUAUGGAGAGACCACAGACUUCCCUUCUGUGGAUAUGACUUCAGCUCCACCCCAGGCAAUUCUUUACCUCCCAUGGCUCACAGUCUAGAAGAGACAAGUCUGUCUGUCUAUCUAUCUCUCUAUCUACCUACCUGCUUUUUUCCUGCUCUCUCCAAGAGAAAAUGGCACAGAGAAGACAAUGCCAUCCCUUUGGCUUUUAGCAGGCAUGGAUUUCUCAACUUUUGCUGGUGGAGUAUCCUGAAAGACCUGGAAAAAGAAAAACCCCUAGGCCGAAACAAUGAGCAUGCCCUGCCCUGGGACCAUCACUGUUGCUGUCUCCAGAGGUCUGCCAAGCCAAAGCAAGCCCUUUGCGCAAUGCCUCCAAAUAGGACUGUGGCUUCAGCUACCUCAGACCAGGCCUGCUCUACAAUGUCCCAGCUACAUCUGCCAUCACUGUGUUGUGUUGCUUCCUAUGGAAUUCCUCUGAUUCUGGGUCUCUCCUUCCCAUAUCCUUGGAGACCAGGGGCUUGUAGACACCUAAGGUUUUAUUCAUACAUCUUGCAUGGAGUGGGGAGGAGGGCAGGGGAAGAGCUUCUUAUAUCUCUUUCCAUAAACUCCACUUCUUCCCCUGUUAGCCUUCCCAUUUAUCCCUCACUCUGAGGGCUUUAUCUGCCAGCAGGUUGUCAUAUAGAAGGAGCGAUUACACUUGUUUAACUUGGCCCCAGAAGACAGGACUAGGAUCAGUGGGUGAAAAUUAUAGGUUGACACAUUCUUGUUCACUACAAGAGCUUCUGAACAACUGGAAUAUUCCAGCAGUGGAAUAGACUGCCCACUGGAGGCCUUCCAGCAGAGUGUGGGUGGCGACUCCUCAGGGUUAUCAUAGGUGGUGUUUGUGCUCAGUGUAGAGGCAUUAGAUUGGAUGAUGUCUAAAGCCUCCUCCAAUACUAAGAGUCUUUGAUGAGUCAAGGAGGGAACACAGGUCCUAGAUUCUAAUAAUCUUUCCCAUUGCCCAUCUGACCAAAAGGCCCCAUGCCAGUUUCUGCUAAAGAAACCUUACAAAUAACCAUAAACUCAUUUGCCCAGGCUUCCCAAGGAGCCAUUUAUUCAGUGAGGAUCAUAAGUCCUCACUCAAUAAGUAAAUCUUGUUUUUCCCUGCUUGCCUUCUGUGGUGAGAGAAGAAGAGAUCCAUAUUUUUGUUUGCAAGACUGUGCUUUUAAAGGGUCCAAGACUUUUGGAAUCAGAGGACCUGGGUUUGAAUCUUGAAUCGGAUGCUUACUAUGGUCUUGGGCAAGUCACUUAACCUCUU